AUGGUAAAUAAUGUUGGAAGCAAGGUUAUCAGGAUUGAGACUAUACAGAUUCUCAUGUUCGAUGAGAUUGUGCAAACUGUGACUAGGUCCCUCACCUACACUCAGCUCCUGAAUAUUGUCAUGGAUGGUGAAAAAAUUAUGUCUCUUGCAGUUGCAGACAAGGUGCAAGCUAUGGAAGCAGAGAUAGAGCGUUUAUAUAAAGAGAAUGAGAAGCUUAGAUUUUCUCUUGAGGUGAUGACCAAUAACUGCAGCUUCCUUCAAUCCUGCCUUCUGGGGAAACUGACACAAGAAAAAAGCAGGGCGGCCGCCGCCGCUGCCACCACCGGUUCCGGCGGAGAUAGUUGCAAUAAUAAUAACAGAGUUGCUGGGAAUGAAGUUGCAAAGGGAAAGGUGUCUAGAAUCCUCAUAAGAACCGAUCCAGGGGACAUUAGUUUAGUAGUGAAAGAUGGCUUCCAGUGGAGGAAAUAUGGACAGAAGGUCACUAAAGAUAAUCCAUGUCCUCGAGCUUACUACAGGUGUUCCAUGUUUCCUGAUUGUUCUGUUAAGAAAAAGGUGCAGAGAUGUGUAGAGGACAAGUCUUUAGUGGUUGCAACAUAUGAGGGAGAGCAUAACCAUGCAGCUGUUGGAGCACCAAAUUAUGGUCUUACAUCUUUUCCAGAUUGUUCAAUCAUGGCAGUCUCAUCAUCAACUACCAAUUACCUUUCUUCUUCCCCUACUGUUAAUCCUCUUCAACCAGAUACCACCCUUGGUUUAUAG